AUGACUCAGUUCAUCGACGAAGAGAGCAUUCCUCUGAAGGAAAGAGGUGCUAGUGAUCAGAUCAAUUUGGACUUCUGCAAUCAGAGAUCCAGGCUUCGGAGGAACAAAGCCGAGCAGUCAACCACGUUCUUCUUCGAUUACUCAACGUAAGAAGCCGGCCGUCUCAUACAUUUCUAACCGAUCGUGAAUUUCAGAGAUUCUGGCGACGGAGAAGUUCUGAAUUGGAGAGAGCUUCGGAAGUUGGUGAGUUUUUGCUCAGUUUCUCCUCAAGUUGACCGAACUGUAUUCAGAAAGCGAGCAAGAAAUGGGGAGUGAUCCGUCAUCCGUUCAUUCUCAAUUAUGUAAACCAGAAGCUCGUUGACUGCGCUUUCUUCUACACUCUCCACAUUCUCGGUCCGUUCCCCACUAUCAUUCUUGAUCACACACACUUAUUUUCAGCGUUUCUCUUCUUCUUCCUCUUGCUAGCCUGGCACAUUUUCGCACGAACGAUAAUCAAAGACUUCCUCAUUACCGCCUUUGUUGCCACUUUCGGAAUGUUCCUUGUAAACCCGCAAACCUGUUUUGAACCAGUGCAUCUUAAAUUUGAUUUUCAGAUUCUGAAGGGUACCAUCAAGGCCAGGAUCACUCAAUCCAUUUCCGCGUGGUUCGUCGUCGCCUUCUGCUUCAACGUCUUCAAUUAUUUGGCCACUCUGGCCUAUGUCUGGCUGCCCACCAUGUUCGCGUAUGAUGAUUAUCAUCAAGAAGUUAAAGUUCGUCACUUACCCUCUAACUUUUCGAAAUUUCAAUUUCAAUUUCCAGAAAAUAGUAACGUGGUUCCUGCCGAUCAUUGCAAUCAUCGCUGCUUGGGCGAACCUUCUGUACAUAAUGAGAAAGUCUCCGUUCGGAAUUUACAUUUUCAUGAUGACUCGUAUUCUGCGAAGUUUCGCACAUGUGAGAGACACUUAAUGAGAAGUUUGUCGCUGAAGAAUUUAAUUGCAGAUAGCGACCAUCUGGAUCCCCACUCUCAUCGCCUUCUCCUUCGCUUUCCUGCUCAUCAUGCGAGACACCGGGGUGAAGCCGUGGCCUCUGAUCGACCAACAAGCGGCCAACAUGACGAUGGUGCACACGAUGCUCGUCAUUCUGCAGGCAAUCACGAAGACGUCGACGAUGAUGAUCGGAGAAGUUGACGCGAACGACAUCCUGGACACGAACCAGUGGAUUCCCAGCAUUCUCGUGCUCGUCUUUGAGAUUAUCACCGUCAUCCUUCUCAUGAAUCUGAUGGUCUCUCUGGCCGUCGGAGACGUCAAGUACUUGAUGGACACGGCUCAGGACAAACUUCUCAAGAUCAAAGUUAACUAUGUUAUCGAAGCUCUGCAGCUCAGCGAGCAGUUCGGUAAUGACGCGUUCCGUCUUCACACCAAAAAGACUGCAAAUGUUCUGGUGAUCGAUGAGGACGGCCACUACUUUACUCAUUUCGACAAUUUUCCGAAGGAGCUGCCACUGGAAACUUCUGACGAGGUUUGCCUUUAUAAAAUUGAAAUGCUCAUUCUAUUGAUAACUUUCAGUCGUAUAAAGUCAGUUUUGUGGAGACUGGAGUCCGACUUCGCAUUCGUACCACCCAGGGACGUGUCAAGAAAGCCACGUUGAGCCACUGUGACAUCGAAUGCAAAGAGCUCUCCGAGUCGGGAAUCCCAGUCAUUCACAGCACUUCAGACUCGAAAGAAUACGAGGUGAGCACGGUGUUCCGUUCUCAACUCAGUUUCUAAUUUUAUGUUUCCAGAGUGGAGAUGGAUGCUGGGAUGGUUAUGCAAAGUGGCUGAUAGGUCUCGAUUGGGCGGGAUACCUGGAUAUCUAA